CACUGUACCGAUAGGUAUGCCACCGAAACGUUUAUAUACUGUGUAAUAGUACCACUUGGUGUUCGCUUUAUAACAGAUUGGAUUACUGCGAGUUUUGUUAUUCUGACGAGGGGUGAAUUUCACGGUUUACCAUGAACUGGACAAUUUAUAUGGUGUGUUUAUCCCUAGUGUCUGGGACAUGCGCACUAACAUGUACACAGAGAGAUUUAUGUUCCUGUACAAUGGACGACGGCAGUGGAGAUGUUGAUGUUUCUACACUUGGCAAACAAGAUGGAACAGCAAUGUUCCAAGAUAUGGCUAGCGUUGACGGCCAGAUAUAUUCCCUCAACCUAUGCUACCCAUUUAAUGAAUUAACAUGUGCAAAUGCAGCAGCGUGUCAGAUACUGUCGGACGGCAGCGCCAGUUAUCAGAUCGGGGAUGCUACUAAUGUCGGUUUUGAGGUUGAUACUUUAAACCAGGUCCACAUUAAAUACACAAAUAUCGACCAGGGAUCUGGUCUUACGAGGACAACAGAUGUGACAUUGGUAUGUAACCCCACGGCUGAUCCCCCACUAGUAUCCGCAGAUGGUGAGACAGCUCCGGGAUCCGUCACUUACUUAUUUACCGCAAACUCGAAAUGCGCAUGUCCAGGCGGUUGUGGGGGCGGACCUCCGCCACCAGACCCUACAACCACCAAAGGCCCUGGUCCAAACCCCGGUCCACAGCCUAGCACUGGAGGAUCCUCAGGUGGUAUCAGUAUUGGGACCAUACUUGUCAUUGUAGCUCUAUCGCUAGGAUUUUCGUACAUGGUUGGAGGUAUUUUAUUUAUGAAGAUGGUUCGCCAAGCUCAAGGUACAGAGGUAGUACCUAAUGUCUCGUUCUGGGGAAGUUUACCUGGCCUUGUCAAGGAUGGUUUUGUGUUCACCAUUGGGAAGUGUAAACGUGGAGGCUAUAGUAAAGUGUGACGGAAAUGUAUCUGACUCUAUCUACAUGACCUCUAUCUAAUACCUCCAUGUGUGAUGUUAUAUACCUCAAAAACAAACAGACAAGGCUUUGUGUAUAAUGGGCUCAUAGGUUGGUAAAUAAUACUCGUAGAUAUCAUAACUGAUAAUAUAUAUUUAUAGAUACUUGUGUAUGCUUCAAAUCACUACAUCAAUUUACAAGCACUGAAAUUGUUACGGGAUGCAAGUUAAUUUGCUCGCAAAAAAUGCACAUCUCUGGAAAGAUCUGAAGGAAUAAAAUUGUGUAAUAAAGUAUUGUUGUUAAGAUAUUUAUAGAAUGAGAGCAUCAGCACUGACUUUAAAUACGAUUGAAGUUAAAAUGAUCACUACUUUCCGUCAUUUUAGAAACAUUGAAAUGAAAAGGUCAAAGGUCCUACUUACACUUGUGAAAUAUUUAAAGUAUUUACGGUAUGUUUACAUACAAUAUAUAUGAUUCAGGAAAUUGAUACCAGAAUAUUUAUCUGGACAGUGUUUUUUUGUGGACAUGUGACUUUCGUAAGAUAUAUAUAUGUUGUACAUAUUAUAAAUACAGUGUUUCCAGAAUAGAUUAAUCAAUGUUUGCGCCAAUAUGUUUAAAGUAUCAUACUUCUAUCCUCUCGAGAAAAGAACUAAUAUCAAUAUCAUUGUCAAUAUAAACCGCUAUGCAUGUGAUUAUUGUAAAGCUUUAAACUCGGAAUGUCCAUUGUUAAUAAACGUUUUGUUUGUAUAUAUAGGCAAUUAAUUAAAAUUUUAUUAUAAGACCAUGAUUUAUUAUGUACAUGCUAUAUAACAAAAUAGGAAAAGGAGGUUUCCAAGCUUGACGUAACACAGGGACCUGAGGAUUUGUUACAGUCUAUGUCUAUCUAACUAAAUAGAAACAGGAGGUUUCCAGGCCUGACGUAACACAGGGACCUGAGGAUUUGUUACAGUCUAUGUCUAUCUAACUAAAUAGAAACAGGAGGUUUCCAGGCCUGACGUAACACAGGGAUCUGAGGAUUUGUUACAGUCUAUGUCUAUUUGGACUUAUCAUGAUUACCACAUUUUCAGAUUCUUUUUUUUUUUAUUUCAUUUUUUUGUGGGGUGGGGGUUGAGAAGAGACAGAAUUCGGUAAAAAUGACACCCUCCGUAUUAAUGAACAUUGAGUCGAGGGGUGUUAUUAUUACCAAAUUUUAAUCCAGAAUUUUAAUCAUGUGCUAAACAGACUAGGGAAGAUCAAAAUACAAGCGGACUGUAAGAAAUUCUCAGUUCCCUGUGGUAAAUACAAUAAAACAAAUUUAGGAAUGAAGAAUGCACUUUUAUUUUUAUUUAACAUUCAAAAAUGUUAUAUAUAUCAUGUCAUAAUAAAGAAGACAAAUGACAAUGGUA